AAAUGUCGCCAUCGAUCAAUGACAUUUUGAGAAGUUGAAUUUAUUGAUAUAAAGCGUUAAUGUAAAUAAUAAACAAUUUCAACAUAAACGUCGGCUUUCAGUCGAUAUGUAUGCCAAGGGCAAAGGCUCUACGGUACCUUCGGACGCUCAGGCUCGCGAGAAGUUGGCCCUAUAUGUCUACGAGUACUUACUUCAUGUCGGGGCUCAGAAAGCGGCGCAGACUUUCCUUUCAGAGAUACGAUGGGAAAAGAACAUAACACUCGGCGAGCCGCCCGGGUUCCUCCAUUCCUGGUGGUGUGUUUUUUGGGAUCUGUAUUGCGCCGCUCCAGAGAGGCGAGAUACUUGUGAACACUCAUCUGAAGCAAAAGCAUUUCACGAUUAUGGAUUUGUUAAUUCUGGAUACGGUGUUAAUGGGAUCGGUCACAACGCUGGCCCGGCUCCUCCAAAUGACGGAAUGGGUGGAGGUGGUAUGCCACCUGGUUUCUUCCCAAACUCUUCACUCCGGCCAUCACCGCCUGCCCCACACCCUGGAUCACAGCCCUCGCCUCACGGACCUCAGCCUCAGCUAAUGGGAACGGGACAGCCGUUCAUUGGCCCUUGGUACUCUGGUGGACCACGAUCAGCAGUUAGAAUGGGCAUGGGAAAUGAUUUUAACGGGCCUCCAGGUCAGGGUAUGAUGGGCAAUUCUCUGGAGCGCGGCGGCGGGGGAGGCGGGGGCGGCGCAGGGAUGCUGGGCGGGCCGCGCAUGACGCCACCGCGCCCUGGCAUGGGCCCCAUGAGCCCCGGGGCCUACGCGGCCGGCAUGCGCGGCCCUCCGCCCCAGGCUCCAGGUAUGCCACCAAUGGGGAUGGGGCCGAGGGGCGCGUGGGCCGGCGGCAGUGGAGGCGCCGCCGGGGGUUCCGCCCCACUCAACUACAGCGGAGGCUCGCCCGGAGCGUACGGUGCGCCGCCCGGCUCGAACGGUCCCCCUGGACCUCCCACGCCGAUAAUGCCAAGCCCCCAGGACUCUUCAAAUUCCGCAUCACGUAAACACAAUAAUACCAUAUCGACCACAACACUUGGCCCAGGACUCGGCGGCGUGGACGGCAUGAAGUCUUCACCGGGCGGCGUCGGUGGCGGAGGGCCAGGGACACCCAGGGAAGACUCCGGAUCGGGAAUGGGCGAUUACAACUUAAGUUUCGGCGGACCGGGCGGCGACCAAAACGAUCAAACGGAAUCAGCGGCCAUUUUGAAAAUAAAAGAGAGUAUGCAGGAAGAAGCGAAACGGUUCGAGAAAGAUCCAGAUCAUCCGGACUAUUUCAUGCAGUGAAUACAUUAGAAAUACGUCGACUCGUCUGUGCAUGGUACCCCAACGGUGGUAACCAACCUCGGGCCCCCGUGACCGCGACGCAGUGACGGGUUGACGGUUUAUUUGCGUUCCAACGAUCUGAUGUUCGGAUUUAUUUAAGCUUCUGUCGUUCGCAAAUUAUUUAUUAGUUUUAAUUAAUUAUCGAUAUCUUUUAAUUAUUUUUUUUUGAUGGUACUUUUAUUGUUUUAAUUGAUUUGUAAACAACAUCAAUUACUUAAUCGUUUUAACGCGGCAUUACAGUGGAAUACUUUUGCCUGACAUUAAAUGGGAACAUAAAAAGAAGAAUUGUCAAAUGCCAAGUGUAUAUUUAGUCUGUGCCGAUCAAUCUGCCUACGUGACGUUAGAGUCCGUCUGCUGAGAGAAUGCAUUUCUGAUACAACAUUGAACCGACGUCGAAUCCACGAUAAAAAUGUUAAUAUCCUUAUUAAAUUUAUUAUUUAAUAAAUGAUGAAAUAUUUAAACUUGUAUUUAAUUUAAAUGAUGUCAACUGUUUUUGUUUGUAGUUUCUUGUAGCAUAUGUCGUGACUAACUGACGUCAGAGUCAAUCUCUCGGCGGCCGGACUUUAAUAAAAUUAUAAUGAAUGUUACCUCGACACAUGUAGGCAAUUGGAAAUGUUACAGUUUCACCUACCCUAAGCUGCCAUAUUUCGUCCUCAAAGUACUUACAAAAGCAGUUUAUGUUUUUUUUUUUAUUUAUACUAGAGUUGCACCGAAUAUUCGAACAUGUAAAUUUUAUUCAGCCAAAUAUUCACCAUUAAUUUUGAUUUUUUUUUCACGUUUCUGUUAAAUAGAAAAUAAAUUGAUAUAGUUUUAAUAAACUUCAACCAAUCUCAAGAUAGGAUUCUGAACAGAUACGGUUGAACGAUUCGUUGCGACUCUAGUAUUUAUGUAUGUCGUCAUAAGAAAAUCAAAAUGGCGUUCGAUGUUUGUAUGUAUUUUUUAAAUUAGUUUUAUGAAAAGUAUCAUCAAAAAAGUUUUCAUAUAUAAAGGCACUUGCAAUGUGAAAUAGUGAAAAAAAGUUAUUUUUUAACAAUACGCCCAUACUGAUUAAUAUCAUAAAAUAGAUUUUUCGAAUAAAUUAUAUUAUAAUAUG